CCGGUUAUCUUAGCAACGGGCAUAGCAACGCUUGUCUUGUAUUUGACAAAGAGAGAGAUUAUGGGUAAGGAUUAUUAUGCUGUGCUGGGGAUACCGAGGAGUUCCUCGAGCUUUGAGAUACAGAAAGCGUAUCGUACAUUAGCACUGAAGUAUCAUCCUGACUGCAACAACAGGCCAGGGGCUGUGGAGAAGUCAAAGGAGAUUGCUGAAGCUUAUGAUGUACUGAACAAUGGCUACUGGAAAGCAAUUUAUGACAAGUUUGGUGAAGAAGGUUUAAAGAGAGGAAUCCCUGACUCAAAUGGAGACGUAUCCAAUGGCUACACGUUUCAUGGAGACGUUGACACUGUAUUUCGUAAAUUCUUUGGAGGAGACAACCCAUUUGCAAAUUUCACUGAUCUUGAGAGUAACAUUGAUAUUGAUGGACAUGCUACGUUUGGUGGGAUUCAAGGAAGAGCACAGCCCAAGCAGGACCCACCCAUUGAAAGAGACCUUCAACUCAAACUGGAAGAAAUAUACAAUGGCUGCACUAAGAAGAUGAAAAUAUCACGAAAAAUAUUGAAUGAAGAUGGACAGACUACCAGUACACGGGAGAAGAUACUAACAAUAACCGUAGGAAGAGGCUGGAGAGAGGGUACAAAGGUCAGGUUCACUAAAGAAGGAGACCAGGGACCCAACAGGAUACCUUGUGAUAUAGUGUUUGUGAUUAAGGACUUACCUCAUUCCCAGUAUCAUAGAGAAGGGAAUAACCUCAUAUACCAACCACUCAUUAGUCUAGUAACAGCAUUAACAGGAGGAGCAGUGGAACUACUGACACUGGACAAUAGACUCAUAACAGUACCAAUAACUGAUGUGAUAUAUCCUGGUAGAGAGAUAAGGGUUGUGGGAGAGGGUAUGCCCCUGGUUGAUGAUCCUAAUGAGAGAGGAGACCUCAUCAUUAGGUUCAAUGUCUCCUUCCCUGCAGUACUCAACCCUCAACAAAAACAACUCAUUAAACAAGCACUUGUUGUUAACAUUUAAAAAUACAUUAAUUUUACUUAAUAAUGAUACUUUUAAAAAUAA